AUGAGAGCCAAGACUGUCGCCAUCCACGAGACCUGCUACCACCACGCCAGGACCUGGGGCACUGUCCCGUCCAUGAUGGGGCCCAUCCUGCGACCUCUCCCGGUCAUCAGAGAGGAAGGACGCAGCUGGUCAGAGGAGAUGAGCACACGCCCUCCCAAGCCUCGGGCCUCGGCGACCUUCCCUCGUCAUCCAUCCCGGGGGUCCCGGGGACCCCGGGGCCCGUCUACCCCCGAGGGGACCCCAGGCCUGGCCGAGGUCCGAGGCGCAGGGGUUACAACGCUGAAACGCCAAGGCGCAGGCGCGCUGACGUCUCGCGGAACUGGGCGCCCCGAGGGAGGGAACCCGAGCGGGUCCGUGUGGGCCGCAGCGGCCGCGGUUGGGCUCCUCCCCGUCCCUGCCCUAAGCGGCCGCCCGGAGAGUUCAGGAAGGGGGCCGGGGGGAGCCGCCCCCGGCCGGCCCCAGAACUCCAAUGUCGAGAACCUGCCUCCCCACAUCAUCCGCCUGGUGUACAAGGAGGUGACCACCCUGACCGCAGAUCCGCCGGAUGGCAUCAAGGUCUUUCCCAAUGAGGAGGACCUCACUGACCUGCAGGUCACCAUCGAGGGCCCUGAGGGGACCCCAUACGCUGGAGGUCUGUUCCGCAUGAAACUCCUACUGGGGAAGGAUUUUCCUGCCUCCCCACCUAAGGGCUACUUCCUGACUAAGAUCUUCCACCCAAAUGUGGGUGCCAAUGGUGAAAUCUGUGUCAACGUGCUCAAGAGGGACUGGACUGCUGAACUGGGCAUCCGACACGUGCUGCUGACCAUCAAGUGCCUGCUGAUCCACCCUAACCCCGAGUCUGCACUCAAUGAGGAGGCUGGCCGCCUGCUUUUGGAAAACUACGAGGAGUAUGCUGCCCGGGCCCGUUUGCUCACAGAAAUCCAUGGUGGUGCAGGUGGGCACAGCAGUGGAAGGCCUGAUGCCAGCCGGGCCCUGGCCAGUGCCUCUGCAGCCUCUUCCACUGACACCAUGGUCCCUGGGGCCCUUGGAGGGGCUGAGGGGCCCAUGGCUAAGAAGCAUGCAGGCGAGAGAGACAAGAAGCUGGCCGCCAAGAAAAAGACGGACAAGAAGCGGGCACUAAGGAGGCUGUAGUGGGCUCUUCCCACCCCUGAUCAACUCUUCCCCAUCUGUUCCUUCUCUCCCACUCUGUCUCUAAGUUAUUUAAAUUAUGGCUGGGCUGGGGGAGGGUUGGGAGGGCACUGGGACCUGGAUUUGUUUUUCUAAAUAAAGUUGGAAAAGCAA